CAGCAACUUGUCUGGUACCCUGUAUCACCUUAUAGUUUAGCAUUGCUCAUCAAGCUUCCUGCAGUUAAUUGUUCAGACUGGUGCGUGCUACUGAAGAGUGAGCAUUACCACUCACAGCUCUCUUCAGCCUUCCCACAUUUGCUCUUUUCUGCUCUUGUCACAAGUUGCAGCUGGAGUUUGUGCCGGAUUGGUCACUCGAGUAAUCCACUUGUGGCACUGUGUUGGGCUGGGUAACUACCAGGGUGCGUCUGUCCUGCAGAGACGGUGCUUCCACCAAACGGCCGUAAUGGGGGUAACUGAUGCCGAGUUCUCUGCCGCCAAGGAAAGAGUUGGCACCCUGACCCAAGACCCUGGGAACGAGGUCAAGCUGAAGAUGUAUGGACUCUUCAAGCAGGUGGCAGUUGGAAAGUGCAAUGCACCUAAGCCCGGUGCAUUCGACUUUGUUGGCAAGGCUAAGUGGGGUGCUUGGAAUGACCUUGGAGACAUGUCGAAGGAAGAAGCUAAAGAGAAGUACGUAGACCUGGUGAAUGACCUGGUGGCCAAGGAUCCCGGGGCCAAAGCCACCUCAGCCCCAGCUGGUACUCAGGAGGGUACGUCCGCAGCCAGCUCCUCCACUGGAGGUUACGAGAAUCUGAAGGUGACAAUAGACAAGGGCGUGUGCACUAUCAUGAUGAACAGACCCCAUAAAAAGAACGCCAUCACAAGGGAGACUUACGAAGAAAUCAUCAAAGCCUUAGAUUCUUCAGGGAGAGAUGACAGUGUUGUCUUGUCAGCUCUCACAGGGGCAGGAGAUUUCUAUUCUGGUGGUAAUGAUCUCAAUAACUUCAUGUCCAUCACACCGGACACAAUGAAGCAGGCAGCCAAGGAUGGAGGAGAGCUUUUGGAACGCUUUGUAGCGGCAUUCAUCGACUUCCCCAAGCCACUUGUUGCAGCCGUCAAUGGACCCGCCGUUGGUAUUCCUGUGACAUCAUUAGGGUUGUGUGAUGUUGUGUAUGCUUCAGACAGGGCAACCUUCCAUACUCCCUUCUCUUCGCUGGGCCAGUCACCAGAGGCCUGUUCCUCUUACCUGUUCCCUAAGAUCAUGGGGCAGGCCAAGUCCAAUGAAGUAUUGCUAUUUGGCCGCAAGUUGACAGCUCAAGAGGCCUAUGACAGGGGACUCGUGACUGAAAUCUUCCCGGAUGCCACAUUCCGCCAGGAUGUCCAAAAUAAACUUGAUGAGUUUGCCACAUUGCCCAAACAGUCCAUGCGGCUGUCGAAGACACUCAUCCGCAGUGCUGAGCGUGAAAAACUCCAUCAAGUCAACAAAGACGAGUGCGAGUUACUUGUAGAGCGGUGGACAUCGGAAGAGUGCAUACAGGCCAUCAUGGAUUUCUUUGCCAAGAAAUCCAAGCUCUGAGGCAGGAGCAUACAUGAUGACAAUGCAGUUGCCCAACUUCACACGAGGGGAACAUUAUACAAAUCUGGUUGGCCAUUUGUCAGGCCUGAUCUUUGUCAUUAGUGGUGGCCUGCGUUAUCCACCCCAGGAGUAACAGAGUAAAUUGGAAGAUGAAAUUGAAGCCUUGUCAUUGGGGUUGCAUGUAAAAGGUUUUGGAACUGAAGUGGACGGCUUAGGCAGAGUUGAAGCCAAGAUAAAAAUCCCAACAGAAGCACAAGCUUCAAUUGUACAGUAAACUGGCAAACUAGACUGUAAACAUGUUUAGCAUUUUAUGUGCUGAAUCAGGCUUUGUCUUAAAAUGUUGUUCACGGCUACGGCUAUUGUCCAUGACUCGACAGUUUUUAAUCUGUAAGUUAUGGCCAUAAAAUAUCCAAUUUAGACAAAGCCUGACAAACAUCACAAAUGGUCAUUUUUUAAUCACCUCCAUGAACUAUUGCAAAGCAAAGUUGAGGUGUUGGCAGCAGAUACCUAGCACUCUGUCUAAAUAGUUUAAGUACUUCUCCCUCCCCCCCCAUCAUUUGAUGGGGUAUCAGAGUCUCUCUUUGCAUGGAUUAAGCAUGAAUGGAGUCGUUCCAAUCAGCUUAUUGGUUUACUUGUCUAAUUAUUGAAUGCCUCAAUAUGGCAAUAAGCCUUUUUGCGGGUUUUAACUUGAAUAAAAUCUGGCACACUGAGUUCUUUAAAUUCAUGGGAACGUAACAAUUCGAAUUAUCCACAUGAAAGACACUGUUGCUAUACCUCGUGACUUGGGGCAAGCUUUGGCUUAGUUACAUAAGAGACGCACAUAAGUGCCACACAAAAAUGUUGUAGGUAGGCGUGCAAUAGACGCAGGCUGCUAAUAUGUAUAUAUGUAUUUCUUAACCAGUGAUCAUUAUUGGAAUACUUUUUUGACGGAAUUUAUAUUUGCACACACCCCGGAAAGCUUGCCGUCAUCUACAUUGCAGAUCGGUUACAUCAGUUGUCCCCCACCUCAAAAAGUGUGUACGGGGGGAUACUGUACAUAUCUCUCCCCUUUGGGAUUUAUGCCCAUGACUAGUAAAGGCCAUGAUCACCCCCCCCCCCCGAAAUGUGGCCAGAAAAUGACUUCUGUGAUACAUGAUUAGGAAUUGCAGUAACCUUGGUUGUUUCUGUCAAAAGAACCUGUUGAAUCCGAAUAUAUAUGAAUGUUCCCAAUUCGAAAAAGUGCACACAAAAGGGUGCAAUUAGACUGGUUACUCUAUCCACAUUGCAAAGUGUACCAGUAAUUAUGCCAAGUUUGGACAUAAACUAGCUCUAGGCUCACUGAGUGUAGCAUUGGUUGUUUUUUUUUUUCAGUUUUAGACGGGAUCGGUCAUGACCGAUCCCGUUCAAAAUUGAAAAAGAGGAAUACUAAUGCUCCACUCAGUAGAGCUAGACAUACAUGUACUUUCUUAUCCGCAUUUUUCCUUAACCUGGAGCCUUAACUUUUGAUUUGUAACUUAGGUAAAUUUCAUGUACUUAAUGUAAUUGUUAACAAGACCAGCCAGGUGCACAUUGAGGGUGGUAUUUUUUUUGCCUGGGGGGUGGACCCUGCACACACUCACCCCCCCCCCACACUUUCUCAGGAAUACCAGUCUGCUCAGGUUGACCACCAAGGCGGGAAGAGAGGGCGAGUCAUGCCUGCUGCAUCUUUUUAUAGGGCCUGCUAGGCUAAACUGGUACCCUUAAAUAAUCGUACGGGUAGACAAACCUAGCAGUCGGGAACCAACUAAGGUGAAGAAUGAGGGGGGCAGUUACAAAUUAAUCCUUCGCGUUUGUGGGAUUCAAUUAUUUGGUUUCAGGCUGCCUGGUUCAGGUCAAACAGCAUUUUACUUGUUUGGUUCUUGACAUUUUGUGCUUUUGUGUUUCUCUUUUGUAACUGUUGAUUUAGUAAACCAGUCCAGAUAAAAUUUUAAAGUCUGCACAGUUAAAAAGAAACUAAACGCAAUGAACUGUAGCAAGCUAUAUUCAGUUGCCAUAUUUCUGGUUAAUAUUGCAAAGCAUGCAGAAACCUUCAGAAUUGUUUGUUACAUACUGCAAAAAUAAUGAAACGACAUGAAAACACUCUGA